AGCUUCACCGCGGCGCUGACCAAAAACAUUGUGUCCAUGCUGGUGUGGCUGGCCCUGAGUAUCAUCAACGGCAGCAUGGUGACCACCUUCCUGCGCCACAACUUCUUCUAUGAGGACCCGCGCUACAUCAUGUUUAUCUACAUGGUGAUCAACGACGCGCUGCAGCUGAGUCUGGUGACGGCGCUCUAUGUGGUGAGUUACGCCUUCUCGCGCAUCCACGCCUCCGUGUGCAGCGUGCUCAUCAUCACCGCCGUGACCACCACGCGUGCCACGCCACUCAUCCUGGGAGGCAUGGCCAUCGAGCGAUACAUCUCUAUUUGUUUCCCGCUGCACUACGGGCACAUCUGCACCCUGAAACGCACUCUCUGGCUUAUGUUGGCCAUUUUGGCUCUGACGGCCGCAGUGCCCUUCACAGACCUCUUCAUAACGCUGGCCAAAAAGCCGAUCCCCUUCUUCUACACCUCCAUCUUCUGCGACCAGUCCAUACUGUUUGGAGACUACUCCAUAUAUGUGAAAAACUGCAUUGUGGACACCAUCUACUUCUCCUUUGUUUUCCUCACACUGGUCUUUACCUACUUUAAGAUCAUGCUGACUGCCCAGGCUGCCUCCACCAACUACAUCUCUGUGAAAAAGGCCCGGAACACAGUGCUGUUGCAUGGUGUUCAGCUGCUGCUGUGCAUGCUGGCAUUUGUAGUUCCCUCCAUGCAGGCCCCUCUUAUCAGGCUCUUCCCCAUGUACCAUCUGGAGAUCCGCUACAUCAACUUCCUGAUGGUCUACAUCAUCCCGCGCUUCCUCAGUCCUAUGAUUUACGGCUUCAGGGAUGAGAAGUUUCGCAAGUACUGGCUAAACUGCCUGACAAGCAGGACAAAAAAAGUCAGGCCCUCCAUGAAAAUGAAUGUAAAAGUGGGGUGA